AUGUUUAGAGCAUCGCGUGAUUUUGUCACUCUGAGCCUGGAUGGAUCUCGGGAAGUAGAUAGCAAACUAGACAACGACAGAGCUGUAACCAUCGACUCCCAAGUAGAUCACUAUAUUGCCCGUCCCACCACUGAACAGUUUGAGGAUCUCACUCUCUUGCAGUUCAUUCAGAAAUACAGAAUUCCAAAAAGAGUUGGCGAUGGUCUUAUACAAAGAAGAAAGAAUGUUGUGGUGAUCUGUCGUCCUUACUUCUCCCCAGAUCCAAGUGGUUCACACUAUGAGCAAUAUUGCAAGCAGAAGCUCAUGAUGUACCAGCCGUUCCGACAACUGGAGCAACUUCUAGAAGGGGUAGACAACUAUGCUGCAGCAUAUUCCCUCUUUCUUCAAUCGGGUGCUUCUCCACCAUCCCUUGCAGAUGACAUCCAUCGACUUGAGGCAAUGGAAAGAACAGAUUGCGCAACAAAUCUAGAGGAGGAACAAGUAGCUGAGGAGAGUAACCAGAUUGUAUCAAGCACAGUGCAGGAUUGGAUGCUGCUAUGCCAGCACACACCUCAGUUUUUAAAUUUAGUCGAUGAGAAAAGACAUGUUGACUGGUCACUAGCUGCCAAAACUUAUGAAAAUCUUGACAAAAUGCCACACUUUAUCGCUCAACACCGCCAGUUUUACGUGCCUCAACAUACAAACACGGUCGCUGAUCCUGAGCGUCUUCAAGGCAACCAGCUUCAUGCUUACAACAUUGUCCGUGAGCAUUUUGAAAAUGGAUCAUCGUGCAAGCAGCCGCUCAGAAUGAUUGUCUCUGGUACAGCAGGAACUGGAAAGUCAUACCUCAUUCAGUGCUUGAAACGUCUUCUGGGAAACGGUCUUCGUGUCGCAGCCCCUACUGGAGGCUUCCCAUCAAAGGAGAUUUUAAAGAGCUCGAGAGCAACCGCCUUCGAAACAUCCAAGAAUCACUGGCAGCUGUAG